GGCCAAUCUGUUUCAAGCCUAGUGCACGUGAACGCAUUCAACAACACACAACUUGAACGAAGAACGAAAUCAAGACGCUCACGCGAAACAUCCGAGCAAGGCUGGCACGCCAUCGUUGGCGGCACUUCGAGUGUAGGAGGUUCAUCGGACAUGAUGUCCACAGGCGAACGAGUUCUGACAUACGUUGCACCCUCCGAGGCGGCCCUCAACUCCGCUUUUCGCGAUGGUUACAGUGUUAUAUGUGGCCUUAACGUCGAACACCUCAUCGAGGCCGCGCGUGCUGCCCUUCGACUUCACAAGACAGCAGCUCCCAACGGCAUCCGUAUUCUUGCACACGGUGCAUACAACAAGGUUUUCCUCAUCGAAUUCGGCUCGACUUCCCUCAUUGCGAGAGUUCCACUUCCUCAAUCCGCAGCAGCUCGCGACCCUAUCCGGCUCAAGUCCUACACCGCGACACUGGAGUUCAUGGCUUUAUACAGACCAGACGUCCCUGUUCCCCGAAUCCUCUCUGCGCAGCCCAGUAGUGCGAAUCCGGCAGAUGUGCCUUACACACUGGCCGAAUUCUGCAAGGGCACGUCGAUUGCCCAUCUGGAGUGGCUCAACAUGCCGAAUACGAGCAAGGGCAUUAUCGUCGAUUUAUUGGCCGAACAAUGGGCCAAAAUGGCCGCGCCCGUCCCUUUCAAUGCGCUAGGAAGUAUCAUGGCUGAUGGCCCGAGCACGUCAUCUUGGAUGUGGCAGGGACGUAGUGCGCCUCAACGCACGUUCCGCAUUAUACCUAUGAUCCCACGAUAUGCUCACGACUCUACCACAUUACUCGACCCGUCGAUGGAGACGCGAUGCGGGCCCACCACUAUCGCCGAGCACUGGCACUACCACCUCGAUGCCGCACGCCAUUCCAUCGCCAAUAUCCCUCCAGAUGAUGAUGAGAAACACUUGUUCGUGCAGUGCCUCGAUACUCUACGAGAGCUCGUCAAUAUCGCCUCCUCUCUCGAUCCACUCAUGGACUUGGGCAAAGGUUCGGCAGCUCCUGGAGUUGCGCUGAUGCACGUAGAUUUCGCAUUCUGGCGGAACGUGUUGUUUUCGGCGGACCGCACGCGCAUCGAAGGAAUCGUCGACUGGGACGACGCCAUCGUCGUUCCCCGCGAUAUAGCAGCUCAGUAUCCCGAGGAACUUACACAUCACGCAUGGCCUCCCGAUCCUGCUGACGUAUUCGCAAUACCGCCCGGCACGCUCUUUGAGGACACGUCAUUUUGGAGGUUAUCAAUCGAGGAAACGCAUCUGCGUAAGAGAUUUAGGGACGCUCUGCGGAAAUUCGAUCCGGAGCUGGCGGCGCUCUAUACGGACCGCAGAGCGAGGUUCAGGCGGCGCGUAGACCACUUGGUGACACAAGGGUGGAGGUACUGGGCUAUGGACAUCGACUGGAUCUUGAACACCGCGAUGGAUGAGGCUCGUGCACUGUCUCAGAAUGGGACGGUGUGACAGGCAUCAGCUCAUCAUACGACAGGGGCUUUGGGUGUCCGAGCCGAUGCACGUACUCAGGAACUGGUGUCCAUUCGCAUCGGUCUGC